UGUGUUGGACACAUCUCACCAGAGUGCUCAACACAUCUCGUUACUCAGGCCUACCGCCUUCAAUUUUCAUUCAGUUUGUGAUUUAAAAAGCCGAAGUCGGUUAUUGUUGUUAAUAUAACGCUAUAUUGCAGACACUGUCUUUCACUGACGGUUGACUCAGCUUCUAUUACAUCUUAAAAGCUAGCUAACGUUAGCGUUAGCAAGGCAGCUGCAGGGAUGGCGGAGGUUCCCGGGACGUCAAGUGAGACGAUAACGGAGACUGUUGAGACGAGCACCCCACCGCCGCCCCAGCAGGAGGGACGCAGCCUGACAAUCAAGCUGAGGAAGAGGAAGACUGAGAAGAAGGUGGAGUGGUCCAGUGACACAGUUGACAAUGAGCACCUGGGGAGGAGGUCUUCAAAGUGCUGCUGUAUUUAUGAGAAGCCCCGGCAGUUCGGAGAGUCAUCCUCCGAAAGCGAGGGAGAAGAUGAUGACGAAGGGUGUGGCAGCGCUCACUGUAUCCUGGGUCACGGCAGGAGAGAUCAUGGACAGAGGGGGGGCGGGGGGACCACAGUGCCCCCAAACUCUGGCGGGUCACAUGCCCACUAAAGGAGCACUGCAGGCUGAUUGUUUAGGGGGAGGGGUGGGGGUGUGUGAGGGGUUUCUCACCACGACAGUGAUACAGUACAAACCUGCACUCUGUUUUUUAGUUUAGUUCCAUCACUGAGGUACAGACAGACCUGAUGCUGCGUUCCACACACACACAAGCUCCCAGCUGCUGGAGUAGGAUUACAGCCUCUGCACAAAACACAGAGCAACAUGGAUUAUUGAAUUAGCCUAAUUGGACAUCCUGCUCCCCUUUCAACAGCUAAGAGCAUGCUGUAUAUUGUGCCAACUACCAAACAUAAAAUAACAGCAAGUAGAAGUUCAUUCUGUAGCUCUUAAUCAUACAGGAGCUAUGAAAAAAUGAGGGUCAUGCAGUGCUGAGAAGAGAAUUUAAAGGGCCAUACCAGUGUUUUUGCAUCUUUUAGCCCCUUUACUACAAAUCACACACAUCACUGAUGACUGUUUCCCCAAAGCAUGCUGUAGGAUUUUUUUAUGUUUUCUUUCCUUGCAGGCAGCCGUUGGUUUUCAUUCCCUUCACCAUGUUAUCAAAAUCAACCAGCUGGUUAGAUUUUUGGGAAUCCAUCACUGUGAAAAUCCUGUUUGCUUCUAUUGUUGUCAGAGUUGUGUGGUAAUACAAUCAGGGCUUCAACUAAGGAUUAUUUCCAUAACAGGUCAUACCAGGUUACUGCAGAUUAUCAGUAUCUGUCUCUAUGUCAACCAAUAAAUAACUAGAAAUGACUGUUUAGAAGCACAUUCAGUGUUCAGAGCACUGACAAUCUUAACUAAAUAUAUAUAAAUUGGCACCAAAAAUGCAAUUUCAGUCAGGCUAUGUAAUUUUUGAAAAAAAAAAAAAAAAUAGUGAAAAUGCUUGUCACAAGUUGUGUGAGGUGUUUGAUAUUCAGUUCACACACAUAUGCCAGUAUAUUAGCUGUUUUACUUGAUGAUCGCACAGUUAAUUAUCAAAAUCUAUGCUGAUUAAUUUUUUAUUCAGUUUCUUCAGUGCGAACUUACAUUUGCGUCACCAACAACAGAUGACACAGCUUUGACAACAACAAUAAUAAGCCAAGCAAGCAAUGGCUGGCUGGAGGGCAGGGAACAUCAGCAGCACCGGUGUGGAGAAUAUGUGAUUUGUAAUAAAUGAGCUAAAACGUGUCAAAAAACAGAUUAUACAUGGGUCUGCUGCCUAUUGAUGUCACCAUGUCAGAGAAAAAAAAAAAACCCCGAGCACAAUGGAUUAUUAAAUUAGCGUAAUUGAAAAUCCUUCUCUCCUCUCAACAGUUAAGAUCAUGCUCCACAUUGUGCCAGCUAACCUACUUAACAGGAAGUGACAGCAGCUGUGAGUGUUUAACCCUUCAACAUACAGAUUGAGGGUCAUGCAGUGCUGUUAAAGGACUGUGCCAUGUUUCAUCCUUUUUCUUUUUUUUUACCACAAGUCAUAUAUAUAUGUUACUGCUGACUGUUUCCAUGAAGCAUGUGGUGGUGUUUUAGAUGCUUUAGGUCUCUGAAAGUGUGAUUUUCAUACUGUAGUCAAUUAAUGCAAACCAGUGGCUGCUUAUUAAAAACACUAAAGCAGUGAAGUACGCUUUGGAGACUGGUCAGCAGCAGGGAUGUUAAGUGUGUGUGAUUUGUGAAGUGUAAGUGGCUAAAACAUAAUGAUGCUAGCUGAGGAAGCUGCUCAGACUCCAUGUUUGUAGUUCCUGCUGAAUAUGCAGUCUCAUGGCGUGUGAGUGGAGCGCAGCAUUACAGUGUUGUAUGUGAGGAGCUUUGAAGAGAUGGAGAUGGAAAGGCCAUAAAAUGCUGUCCAGCUGUCUAUUAUGCUUUUGACAUAAUUGUAUAUAAUACAUCAAUGUUUUUAUUUUUUUAUUUAUUUGCCAGUCUUAAUUCUAAAUCGCUAAUACUUGGCAUGCAAUUGACCACAGUGUGUGUAGUAACAUUGCAAUUACAAACCAGUGUGUGUAAGAACUGAAGACUGGACAUUGAUCUGGCUGCAGAGUAUCUGCUCUGUCUGAUUUGUAGAGCAGGUUUAAAACUAACGUCAACCUUUGUGAUGAUUGCUGCGGGAUCAUAUUGCACAGAGUGUAAUUCCAUCAUUACUACACAUGCUGUUAGGCAGCAUCAGUAUAAUGUGUUCAGUAAUCAGUAUUGCAUAUAUAAAGUCUACAGCCUCGGGCCCUGUUCUUCAUACAUGCAGUUGGCUUCAUUUAGCUGUUGAUGUGACACCAGUCUGGAUUCUUCAGUUUUUCACAGCUAGAUCAAAACGUCUAUAAGCUCAAACCCACAAAAAGUUCAGGGUUAUUUACUGUUCGCUGGAUCAUGGCUGUUAAAGAUCAACUUUACAUGAACUCCUUUUCAAAUACAAAUCUCCUUACAGGCUCCAACGGAGAAUCAUUGUAGUUUUUAGAAGAGAACACAAAGAAUAUUGAAAUAUCAAGAUUUGUCAGUGCAAUUAUCAUGGUUUAUUUCACAAUAAAUACCUAAACUUGUUUAAAAAAUACAAAUAUGAAAAAAGAAUUGCCAAUUCAGUUUGGACUACUAAAACAAUUGGUCAGUUAAUCACCUCUGGCUGUGGGAAAAUUUGACCUGCAUUUUUCACUGUUUUUGUGUUGAUUAUUCGAUAAAUAUAUAUCCAGCUUGUCAAAUGUGACCAUUUGCUGCUUUACUGUUUUAUACCACUACUGACAUGUUAUGGACCAAAUGAUAUAUGAAUAAAUCCAGAAAAUGACCUGCAGAUGAAUUGGAAAUGAAAAUUAUAGUUACUGCUACGAGCAAAAGGGAAAACUGAUGAAAACUAAUAAGAUCAUUUAAUCUAGCUAACAUCGUGUAAACCUGGACUAGUUGAACUACAUAUGAAGAAUGGGGUUCUGGGUCAGAGACUCCUGAUUCUGUUCAAAGGCUGCCAGUUCAGCUCUCUUUCCCUCACCCCAAAGCUUUUGUUCUUAAACCUUUGAUUAUUUUUGCAUAGCUCCAAUUUUCAGUUUGCUGUAAUGAUUAAUUUAAAAUCACUGCGCAUUUGUUCUUAAAUUUUUCAGACAGCAUUAGAUUUGAAGAAACCUCAUUUAACAGAAUGAGAGUUUUUAUUUUUAACCUCUAAAUCCUCUUCUGGUUUUCAUUUGCUUGAUUGAUUUUUGUUUUUAGAUAAAUCAAUUGUUUCCACUGUGGACAAUUCUAGAGAUGAUGCAUCAGAAUAACUGGUUUUAGAGGCAGAGGGUGUAAAUGAGUGAAGUGAGGGUAUAAGAUGGUUGAAUUGACAAUAAGAAACAGACAAAUAAGAAAAGUUUAUUUCAGUUCAUGCACACAUUCACUGAACUCACUGGAUGAAGCACCCAAAGGUUAUCAUUAAUUCAGCUGCAUGUCAGUCGUAACAAAAAAAAAAAUCUACAGUUCCACUGCGAACUCUAUUCAAAGACAAUGGGUGUUUGUGCUUUUCCUGCUGUGCUCUGCAGAGUGACUGACAUGUUUUCUUGCUGUGAGGUGAGUCGAUUUUAUGAUUAGAGGUCCAUUCCUGACCAGGCUGUACAUGUGUAACUGGAUCAGAGCUAAUGUUGCGUACAGGAUAGAAGAGGUGAAGGUGCAUGACUGCUGGCCCAGGCUUUGUACUCAUGUCUCAGCUAUGACCAAAACUCACCUGAAACAGGCUCAACCAUCAUCAUCAUCCUCCUCAACAGUUUCAUGUUUGAUAUGUGACAGUACUGUGGAUUACACUUAAUUUACAGUUCAGUUAUGCCACCAUUCUGUGUACUGUCAACACACAUUUACAUUGUUACAUAUGUACAUUGUUCUUGUACUGGUAAUGCACCUUUCUGUAUAUACUAUUAAGCAUAAUGAGAACAGAUUUAAUGUGAAUUAAAGUUUUGAACUGUG